AUGACUAUGGCAUACAGCUCCAUCGAGGUCGCUGACCUCCCAAGCCUCAACAGCUUCCACAUCAACACGACGCCCGAAUGGAAGCGAACUCUCCUCUCCAAGGCUUCCGUCUUCAGAGACUGCGUCAAGACCAACAACUUCGCCGACAUCUACUACUUUUCCAUCCUCGUCCCUCCCAAGACCAACCGCAAAGCUUUCUACAGUUCUUCAACCGACGACACUCUCCCCGAUGACGUCAAGUACGAGAUGAAGUCCCUCGGCGAAGCCACAUUGACCAAGGGCAAAGAAGCCGCCGACGACUUCAAGACCACGACGGCGCAGCUCAAAGUGGAGAACGCGGGCCGCGAGAAGUGGCGCGAGAAGGUACAGGCGACGGGGCAGACCGCCAAGGAAAAGUUCAACGAGGCUGUUGACAAUUGGGUGGACAAGACCAUCGUUGCGAUCGAGGAGCUGCCCGAGGAUCAGCGCGAGGCGGCGGCGGAUUUCUGGGGCCUCGUGUCUAACGGCGUCAUGGCGGCGUUGGGCGAGGUGUUCAAGUUCUUUCAGAUGAUCGUGCAGGCGGUCGUCGACUGGGUGGUCGACAUGUGGGAGAAGGUCAAGGAGUUUUUUUCGACUAUUGGGGAUGCGAUCAACACGGGCAUCAAUUGGAUCAGAGGCCUUUUCUAG